AUGACGGCGUCGAAGCGACGCCGAGGCCAGCGGCCCCAGACCCCUCCGGCGACGCCGCCGCUGCGCCAGCCGCAAUGGCUCGAGCGCUACUACAUCUACCGGGUGCAACUAGGCUUCUAUACCAAUUUUCUGGUCACGUACGAGGUGGACCGUGAGAUUGGCAAACAGGACCUAUUCCACGGAUUGCUCCAUUUGGUGAAACAACAGCCGUGGUACACGCUCCAAUUCUUCAACGACAACCCCCAAAACCCCCACAAUGGCGACUGGCGGGUGCUGGUGGUCGAUAAGAUCACUUUCAGCGACAACGUCAUUUUCCACGAAGUCGACGAGUUUACCGACGCGGUACUCCAACAAUUGAAUGAUAUUGUUAUUGGCAUGAACAAGCACCAGCCGCUCUGGCGUAUCCACGUGUUUACCGAUAAAACCCGCCGCACGUGGAUCCUGGGGGUGUUCUGCCACCUGGUAUUCGACGGGGGGCUGGGCGCAGUGUUUAUGGACGAGUUGCUCGAACAGUUAGCCGGCGAAUCAAACUGUCUGUGCAAUUUAGACCUUGUCUACCACUACGGUAAGGACGGGACGUUUGCCGAUGGAGAAAUCCCUCCCCCGAGAGAAUGCCUCACCAACUUGUAUGACCCGACUACCACUGAAUGGAUCGAGUUCUACGUGGCUGAAUGGUGUCGCCAGUACCUCCCCGCCUCCAUUCGCCACUGGUUACACUGGUUAUGGCACACACUCACUCAAUGGUUAAAGGGGUCACCCUCCCCCUAUGCGGCUAAUUCUCCGGUUUACUAUAAUCCUAACCACAAAUGGGAACCCAAGACGGCUACAAAAGUCCGCAAUAUCAAUUUUCUGCCGGCACAAACGGAGGAUAUGCUCACCUGGUGUCGCAACCAGGGAGUAACUCUUACUCCCUUUUUAACCGUGGGCAUUUGUCAAGCGAUGCAAUCGUCGUUAUUCCACUCGCAAUUAGGGUGUAGUAUGCUGGCCUAUAUUGCGUUACAAGGCCGUCGUUACUACCCCGAUAUGGAAAUCAAAGGCGGGUUUGUCUGUGGCCAGGAUAUCGGCUUAGCUCCGAUAACUGAUGCUUACGGAGCCAUUGGCUACGUUAAUCAAGAAAUGUGGCAAGGGAUUGAUUCCCGCAAGCCCUUCCGGCUCACGGGGCUUGUUCGAGAAGUCGAUCUUGACCAAUUAUUUGAAACCCGCUGGAAGGCACCGAAAAAGCUGGUCACCGUAUCCAACUUGGGACGUGUCAAGGAACAGCAUAAUCACUACAGGGUGCUCGAUGCGUUCUUUGUUUCGUGUACGGGAGCAACCUAUAAUACUUGCGCUAAUGUCAUGAGCACUCUGCGUGGGGGGCUCAACGUCACCUUCUGCUACUACCCCGAAUUUGAUAAUGAAACUGUUAAUGAAAGACCGGCGUUGGACGUGUUUGCCGAUAAUUUGACCGAGUUUUGCACCAAAUGGCUCCACACCGUCGACUAA